GUUGUAGAAUGCCUCAAGUUGAUAGAUUCAUGGGUUUUCGGCUGUGGAGAUUACUCUUUUUUGGAUUUGCCAGGAUCAACAUCAUCUUUCAUAGUUUCACUUCUUCUGAAGGAGGUUCGAUUGGCAGUUUCAUGCACGAAGCAACCUCGGCGCCAACAAUUUCCUUCUAUGACUACAUCAUAGUCGGCGGCGGCACCGCUGGUUGCUCACUCGCUGCCACGCUCUCCCGAAACUCCACCGUGCUCGUCCUGGAGCGCGGCGGCUCGCCCUACGGCAAUCCCAACAUCACCUAUCUCUCGGCCUUCGGGGGAGCCCUCUUGGACCUCUCCCGUUCCUCCCCCGCCCAGCGCUUCAUCUCCGAAGAUGGCGUCUUCAACUCACGCGCCCGUGUCCUGGGCGGGGGCACCUCCAUCAACGCCGGAUUCUACUCACGCGCCUCCGACGGCUACGUGGCGGGCGCUGGCUGGGACCCCCGCCUCGUCGAGGAGUCGUACCGGUGGGUGGAGAAGGCGGUGGUGUUUAAGCCCACGGUGCGGCAGUGGCAGGCGGCUGUGAGGGAUGGAUUGCUCGAGGCUGGCGUGGUCCCUUAUAAUGGAUUUACGUAUGACCAUUUGAUUGGGACGAAAAUCGGCGGCACUAUAUUUGACGGCGACGAGCGGCGCCACACGGCGGCGGAACUAAUUGUGGAGUAUGCGGAUUUUAACAGACUUACUGUGCUGCUCAAUGCUACGGUUCAAAAAAUCUUGUUCACCACUCGAGGGAAGGAGAGGCCAAGUGCUGAAGGGGUGAUAUUUAAAGAUGCGAUUGGGGAGAAUCACACAGCAUACUUAAAACCAGGGCCCAAUAAUGAGGUGAUAUUAUCGGCUGGGGCAAUUGGAAGCCCGCAGCUGUUAAUGCUAAGUGGUAUAGGCCCAAUGGGUGAUCUCCAGGCCCAUAAUAUUACAGUAGUUAUGGACCAGCCUUCAGUGGGCCAAGGUAUGGGAGACAACCCAAUGAACGCCAUAUAUGUGCCGUCGCCGACCCCGGUGGAGGUUUCUCUAGUUCAGGUGGCCGGAAUAUCCCAAACUGGAAACGAUAUCGAAGCCAUCAGUGGAAGAAACUUCACCGGUGGAUAUACGAUGCUCUCUCCUCAGAUUGAGAUGAUCUCAGCACAAGACCCAGAUCCAAGAGCACUACAAGGGGGUUUCAUAUUAGCAAAAGUGCAGGGCCCUCUCUCUAGAGGUUACUUGAAGCUCAAAAACAAGGACCCUAAUGACAAUCCUCUUGUUAGAUUCAAUUAUUUCAACAACUCUAUAGAUCUGGAAAGAUGUGUUUAUGGCCUCAAAAUUAUGGCAAAUAUAGUCGAUUCAAAUGCGUUUAAACCCUUCGUAUUUGAGAAUUAUUCACUGCCUUAUAGCCCGAAUGACACAAUAUCGUUGGAGCGAUAUUGCAGGCUGGGUGUGAGGACCCUUUGGCAUUACCAUGGAGGGUGUCAAGUUGGGAGGGUGGUGGAUCAUGAUUAUAAGGUUUUUGGAGUCGAUGCUUUACGAGUUGUUGAUGGAUCCACCUUUAAUACCACUCCGGGAACUAAUCCUCAAGCCACUGUUAUGAUGCUUGGGAGGUAUGUGGGAGUGAAGAUGCUGAAUGAGAGAAUUGAUGUCUCGCGGAAAAGUGACAGUUAAAUUAGCUGCAAUUUCUAGACAUGAAAUUGUUAUUGCAAUGGGAAUUAGUAAAUAUAUAAACAUAUACUUGUUGUGAAUAUUGUUGUGAACUGAUUGAAUAUAUUCGACCGUUUCGACGGAUAUGAGACGUUUCAUGAGUAUUUGGUUGGAAAUAAAUGAGUAUUUGUUUCUAGAA